GAAUAACGCUGCACAGUUUUUCCUCUAAGGUUGCACCGAUAAGUCUCUCGAUGCUGCUGAAGGCGGUCCAAUCAGAUUGAGGCUCUCUGGAGGAUGCCGUAAAGGCUGAAGCUGCUGCGUCAGGUGCGUGAUUCAGCUCCUGGAAGCGGCUCUUGUCCUCCUCAGAAGAGAUGGAGCGCCUAUCGUUCUAAGACUUUUUGAAGCAGGCGAGCAGCUCGGACGCGGAGGAUCUCAGUAUGAUGUCCUCUUUCUACCACCCAACCAAGGAGGCGGAGAUAGCGGCCACGACGGAGCCGCUCUGCCUGGAACGAGAUGUGUGCAGGGUAAUCGAGCUGAUGGACCGGCUGCAGAGAACUGGGGAGUUGCCUCCACCCAAACUGCAAGCCCUACAGAGAGUCCUGCAGAGCAAAUUCUGUGCUGCUAUCAGGGAGGUAUAUGAGCAACUUUAUGACACUCUGGAUAUUGUUGGAGGCCCAGAGGUCCGUGCACAAGCAACAGCCAAGGCCACAGUGGCAGCCUUCGCAGCCAGUGAGGGUCACGCCCACCCGAGGGUGGUGGAGUUGCCCAAAACAGAAGAGGGCCUGGGCUUUAACAUCAUGGGAGGGAAAGAGCAGAACUCCCCCAUUUACAUCUCCAGAGUCAUCCCUGGAGGGGUGGCUGAUCGCCAAGGAGGACUGAAGAGAGGAGAUCAGCUGCUGUCUGUCAACGGAGUGAGCGUGGAGGCAGAGCAACAUGAAAAGGCUGUGGAGCUACUGAAAGCCGCCCAGGGGUCAGUUAAGCUGGUGGUCCGCUACACUCCCAAAGUCCUGGAGGAAGUGGAGGCCCGCUUUGAGAAAAUGAGGAGUGCCCGAAGACGACAGCAGCACAACAGCUACUCGUGAGACACUCCUUUUCUCUGGAGUCCAGGGGCUAACUAAUCCAAUACCUCUUCCCAUCUCAUCAUUCGACCUUCCUGACUCUUGAGAGGACCUACCGGGAAUGGGAAAAAAUAACCAAAGUAGCUUGAUACCUGAAGCAAACAAUGAAGAUUAGGAUGCUCUCCCUUUCCUCGUUCCUUAUCUUUAUACAGAUGCUGAGUAGGUUUGUUGUAAGAACAUGGCUGUAAUGUUAUUAUUCUAUAGGGAAAACAUCUCUGUGUCCUGUCACUUUAGAGACUAUCUUUAGUGUGUAGCUUAAAGCCAAUUUUACUAUGCUUUCCUUGUUUUAGGUUAAAGUGUGCUCAUCAGAAGUGUUCCCAGUUUGCUAUAGGCCUCGUUGGCAGAGGAAACGCCUUUAGCCUCAUCCAUUUGUCCAUCAGAGGUCUUAGCUACAGAGCUAACUGUACAUUUUCAUGGUUGGGUGUCAAAUAAUGCCUGGAUAUUUUGUUUUUGUUUAUCUGUGUUUACAGGUGUUGGCAUAUUCUCUCACGAAAUAAAUCUAAAGUGCAAGCCUG